AUGUCCUUCUCCACCCAGGUCGCAGCCCGCUGCGCCAGACAGCUCUCCGGCUCCGUCCGCCCGUCCUCCCUGCGCAUCGCGACCUCCGCUACAUACCUCACAGCCCGUCGCACACCCAGCAGCCGGCGAUGCGAAUCCACCCAGGCAGCCCCUGCUGCUGCCACCAACCCCAAGAUCUCCCAGAUUGUCGACCAGAUCAGCACAUUGACUCUGCUCGAGACUGCCGAUCUGGUGUCUAGCUUGAAGACCCGCCUGAACAUCCCCGACCUUCCCGUUGGCGGCUUCGCCAUGGCCGCUGGUGGUGCUGCCCCCGGUGCGGCCGCUGCCGUUGAGGAGGAGGAGGCUGCUCCCGCUGCUGCUGAGAAGACGCUGUUCAACCUGAAGCUCGAGUCAUUCGAGCCUACCUCCAAGCCCAAGGUCAUCAAGGAGAUCAAGACCAUGCUCGGUCUGUCGCUGGUGGACAGCAAGAAGUUCGUCGAGUCCGCGCCCAAGAUUCUGAAGGAGUCUGUGCCCAAGGAGGAGGCAGAGAAGCUCAUCGAGACGUUCAAGGCUCUCGGUGCCAAGGCGACUAUGGAGUAA